CUUAGGCACAGACUUCCAUUCCCUCCCUGCCUCAACUGGGCAGCAUUUCUAGGCUGUUUCUGCCCAGAAUGUCAGGAGAAGCUGCAGCCUUGGCCAACCAUGCUCCAAAAGAACAAGAAGGACUUAUAGUUGUGAAGGUUGAAGAAGAGAAUUAUGUUUGGGGGCAGGACUUUGGCCUUCAGGGAGACACCUGUGGUCUGGAGACCUUCCGCCAGCGGUUCAGGCACUUUGAUUACUCUGACUCUGCUGGGCCCCGCGAGGCUCUGAACCGGCUCCAGGAGCUUUGCCGUCAGUGGCUGAGGCCCGAGGUCAACUCCAAGGAGCAGAUCCUGGAGCUGCUGGUGCUGGAGCAGUUCCUGGCCAUCCUGCCUGAGGAGCUGCAGGCCUGGCUGCGAGAGCAACGGCCCGAGAACGGAGAGCAAGCUGUGACUAUGCUGGAGGAGCUGGAGAAGGAGCUUGACGAACCAAGGCAACAGGACACAGCUCAUGGCCAAGGAAUGAUCUGGAAGGAAAUGACAUCCAUAGGAGCACUGAAAGCUCUAAGUAUACAGCUCCAGCCCUUGGAGAACCAGUGCAAGAGUGAGACUCAAGAGUCCCAGGGAUCCCAUGAGGGAGAUGGCAAGCUGGUGGGUGAUGAAGUAUUAACAACAACAGAGCAAGAAAUUUUUGAAUGUGUAGCAUCAACAGCCAUGAUAUCACCAGGAAGACUCCCUGGGGAAACUCCUUCAGGAAAGAUAGUUGAAGAAGCUUUGGGAGGCCUGGACAUCUUUGAGAAGCCAAAAGGAACAGUUCCAAGGAACAAAAUGAGUCAGCUCCCUUCUCAGGAAAGACAUCUUAAUCUGACAGUCUUCAAUAAGAAAAUAUCUACAGAAGAGAGUGUCUUUGGAUGUAACGAAAAUGAAAGGACUCUCAGUGUGAACUCAAAUGUUGCAACACGUCAGAGAGUUCACGCUGGGGGAAAGAUCUACGAGUGCUUGGACUGUGGGAAAGCCUUUUGCCAGAGCUCAAAGCUGAUUAGACAUCAGAGAAUUCAUACUGGAGAGAGGCCUUAUGCAUGUAAAGAGUGUGGCAAAGCUUUUAGCUUGAGCUCAGACCUUGUUAGACAUCAGAGAAUUCAUAGUGGUGAGAAGCCCUAUGAAUGCUGUGAGUGUGGAAAAGCUUUCAGGGGCAGCUCAGAGCUCAUUAGGCAUCGGAGAAUUCACACCGGAGAGAAGCCUUAUAAAUGUGAAUGUGGGAAAGCCUUCAGCCGGAGCUCAGCCCUCAUUCAGCAUAAGAAAAUUCACACUGGAGACAAAGGCUACGAAUGUACUGAAUGUGGUAAGACUUUUGGUAGAAGCUCUAUCCUUAUUGAACAUCAAAGAAUUCACACUGGAGAAAAACCUUACGAAUGUAAUGAAUGUGGAAAAUCCUUCAAUCAGAGCUCAGCCCUAACGCAGCACCAGAGAAUCCACACUGGGGAGAAGCCUUACGAAUGUAAUGAAUGUAGGAAAACAUUUAGGCAUAGGUCAGGCCUUAUGCAGCACCAGAGAACUCACACCAGAGUUUAAGUCUUGGGUAAGAGUUGUACACUUUUGUAAUACUAGGGAUUCACUUUAGGGGUGAGACUGCACCAAAGUAAGAAGUUUCCCAAGAGCAGGGUUUCUGUCCUUUUUGUCUGAGUCAGUACUUACUGUACAAGCAGAUCCACACAGAUGGUUGUUGACAUGUUGAAUGAGCACUUACACAGUAAGGUCAGAUUUGGGG